UACUACCUCUAUUGAAUAUGGCGACACGCCCAUGUACAUACUCUACAUGGCCUGAAAUAAGCAUGACAAAUGCUAUCAAAGCAGUUGAAGAAGAGGGGUUGACAGUUAGACUUGCAGCGGAGCUAUAUGGCAUUCCCAAAUCAACACUUUAUGACAGGAUCAGGGGAAAUGUUCAACAUGGAACUAAACCUGGCCCAGUGCCGUAUCUUACAAAAGAAGAAGAGGUUAUUUUGGCUAAGUUUUUAAUCAAAUGUUCUCAGAUUGGAUUUCCCCGUACAGUUUCAGAAGUUCUUGCACUAGUAAGACAAACAAUUCAGUCAAAGGGUUUAAGUGACGUCUCAAUUUCUUAUGGAUGGUGGCAGAAAUUUUGUAGCAGGCACAGUGAAUUAUCACUUCGUACUGCUGUGCCUUUAAGUCUUUCGAGAGCCAUGGCCACUGAUAAUAGUGUCAUACAAAAGUAUUUUGAUAUACUUGAAGAUACACUUAAAGAAAAUUCUCUAUUCAACAAUCCAACUCGCAUAUUCAACUGUGAUGAAACAGGACUCCCAUUGAAUCCUAAAUCUUUGAAAGUUGUGAGUUGUCGUGGAGCUAAGAAUGUCAGUCAAAUCACUGGAGAAGGGAAGUCUCAAAUCACAGUUCUGGCAUGCACUUGUGCAGCUGGAGUACCGUUGCCUCCAUUUGUAAUAUUUGAUCGUAAGACCUUUAAUGAUCAGCUAAUGGUAGGAGAAAUACCAGGUACACUUUACGGCUCAUCUCCAAAUGAAUGGAUCAGUAGAGAGCUGUUUUUGUACUGGUUUCGUAAGCUGUUUUUAACAAGUGUUCCUAGGGUACGUCCUCUCCUUCUCCUGAUGGAUGGUCAUUCUACUCAUUAUGGUCCUGACCUUAUCAAGAUAGCAGCUGAAGAGCAAAUUUUAAUAUUUGUAUUGCCACCCAAUACCACUCAUUUAACACAGCCACUUGACAAAGGGUGUUUUGGGCCAUUAAAAACUGCUUGGAAGGCUGUGUGUCAUGAGUUCUGCACUAAAAACCCUGGUCGUGUGGUAACCAGAUACGAUUUCUCUGUAUUAUUUGCUGAUGCAUGGAGAAGGUCAAUGACACAGAGAAACAUUGCAAGUGGCUUUGAAGUAACCGGCAUAUGUCCUUUCAACAGAAAUGCUAUUAAAACUGGCAAUGACAAGCAAGAAACCAUCAGCCGUUCACUGUUAGACCAGACUGGUCUAGCAUACAUACCGCUCUAUAGUCCAGACAUAAAGAGAACGAGGGAUCAUGAUUCUUCAUUCAAUUCUAGUCUCUUGGAGAGAUCACUUUCAGAGAAUGAUUUAUCGCAAGCUGUCACUCCAAUGCGAAGAGUAAUGCCUAUAGAGUUUUUUCUAAAAACUCCUAGUCAUCCCAGUAGCAAGUCCACCCUGAAGCCUAAAUCAUGCGGAAGAGUAUUGACUAGUGUUGAAUUCAUGACAUGUAUAGAGGAAAAGGAAAGAAUGAAGCAGGAAGCCUUGAAGGAGAAGGAGCGUAAAAGAAUUGCUAGACUUGAGAACCAGAAGGAAGCUAAUAGAGUAAAAGAGUUGAAGAGAAGUGCAAAUUUUACUAUGAGUGAGCACAGGCAAUUCUCUAAGAGGUUUGAAAAUGGGUAUGACAUUCCGAAUGAGAGGUAUGAGUUAUGGGUUCAGUUAUAUCGUCCUAAUAUGACAUCUCAAGAUUCAAAUGCUGAAGAUGAAGACCAAGAUUCCUUGAGUAAUGACACUGAUGAAGGAGAAGAGCUUUCAAUGAGUGCUGCAAACAGUAUAGAGACACAGACACAUACUGUCACAGCUAAUAACAGUAAAGGCCUUUAA